UACACUUUAAUUGUUCUGUGAUAUUAUACUGCUCUCUAGUGCUCAAGGAAACAAACAGCAACAUGAAGUCAUUGGUUGUAUUCAUAUGAAAAUCAUGAUUACAAGGGGCGACAUCUGCACUGGAGGUGAGUGUAUUCUGUGCUGUGGAGACCAGUUUUCUGAGGAGAAGGUCAUUUCAGGGGAGAGUGCGGGGAACGUGCAGCAUCUCUCUGCGACAACUGCGCCAAAACCUCCUGCAGUUUGGUGGAAAUAAACCGGACAGAGAAACACUAAGCAAAGGAAAGGGAUAUUCCACUGUGCACUGCCUCGCAGCUAAAGCAUACAACAUCCAGACCUGAGGCUUUUAUCCCAGUUUCUCGGUUCAGGAUGUCAUCCUCUGAAAAUGCUGCGUCAUGUGAAGUCUGUGAAGCGUCACCUUCAACUUCAGAGCCUGAACCCCUGAGGAUUGUUCUGCUGGGGAGAACAGGAACCGGCAGAAGCUCCUCAGGCAACACCAUCCUGGGCAGGUCCGCUUUCUGGGUGGACGUCUCCCCCUCUUCUGUGACCACACAAUGCAAGAGACAAACGGGGACACUGAAUGGGCGCAGCCUUUCUGUGAUUGACACGCCAGGAUUCUUCCACACACAGCUACGCCCUCAAGAGGUCAUAGCAGAGGUGGGGCGCUGUGUUGCUCUGGCCACUCCGGGACCCCAUGCCUUCUUGGUGACCCUACAGUCAGGCAGGUUCACACAGGAGGAAAAGGACACCCUGGAGUGGAUGAAGGCUACCUUUGGACACGAAGUAGUCAGGUUUACCAUGGUGCUCUUCACUUGGGGAGACCUUCUACUGGGCAAAGACAUUGGUGAUUUCCUGGAGGAGAACCACGAACUGGUGGACUUUGUCAGCAGCUGCCAGGGAGGGUUUCAUAUCUUUGACAACAGCGAACAGGACAAGACAACAGCAUGCACAAAACAGGUUGUGGAGCUACUGAAGAAAGUGGACAAAAUAGUGGCUGACAAUGGAGGUGGUUGCUAUAGCAUUGAGAUGUUUAACAAAGCUGAGAGGGCCAUCAGGGAUGCACAAGAGAUGAUUCUGGAAGAAAGUGGACCAAAGGUGGAAUACCCUCAGAGGCUGACUGAAGGUAAGGAAGAGCCGGGGCCAGAGAGGAGGAGACAGAGGGAAGACGAAGAAGAGAGGAGAAGAGAGGAGGAAGAGGCCAAGAAGAGGGCAGAGAGGCUUUUCUGGUGUGAGCUGGUGACUGCACUGGGAAAAGGUGCUGCAGAGGGGGCAGGGGUCAUGGGGAAGGACAAAGGGAAAGGCAAGGUUGUGAAGAAAGUGAAGGUGGUGGAGAGAGCAGCCGCUCUGGCAGCAUCGCCACUCUGCAUCAGUUCCGCUGCAAAAAUGAUGUCCCAUGAAGUCCCGCCGUCACCUCCUCUACAUCCCUCCUCCAUCCUACAAUAACCUACAAACUGAAGCCAAAUUCUGACAUGCAUCCAGCUCUCCCUACCUCCUUCUCCCAUGUUCGAUGCAAUAGAAUCAGCCCAGGAACACCUGACAUUACAGAGGAAAUGCUUUCAUCCUACACCCCCAGCAUCUGCAGUGGUGCAGAGAAAUGAGGGGGCCCCACACACCAGUGGAGUGCACCAGCUUCUUCAUACACCCUUGAAGUGUGAAGUGCAGAGCCUGGUCCCUUUAUCAGUCACUGGGUUGUUGAAGUUAAAUCUCACCAUAUUAGGUUCACAGAACACCUAAUAAAGUGUCAGGUGUGGCACCCAGUGUGGUCUUCUGCUGCUGUAUUUGUAAACUAUAAAUCAAACAAGCGUUCAUAUUACUUAUCAAUGAGAUCAGACAGCAAGAGCGAUACCUAAUGACACCACACACUGUAUUAAGGCAUUAUUAUUAAUAAUCUAUUGCAUCAGCAAAGAGAAAGUAGGGAAUGACACAGCUGACCCAUAUACAUGCUAUAAUAACGGUGUGCUGAGUAAAAGGUUACAGGAAACUAACCUGACAUCCAGGCCUGAUUAGUUGGUAUAAAUACAUACAUAUACACUGUGGUGUGCACCUGGUUAUGUCCUCCUCAGAUGCUGAGAUCUGACUGUGCUCAGUCUUCAUACUCUUCAUCUGCCCCUCGUUCCCCCUUUUUGGCAUUGUCAUGUGGGCAGAUGUAACACCCACAUCCCUUUUCAGGUGCAAGAUAUUUUAAAAAGGAAACCGUCCUGCUUUGUAAUUUAGGAGGCAGAGGUAGAGAGAAAGAGAAGGAGUGAUGAGGGGGCAAAAAGGGUGAUGUGGGUGAGAGUGGUUUCCAUAGAAACAGUUUUAUACUCAGUUCAUAAUUCACAUCGAUAUCUA